AUGUCACAAUGUACAGAAUGUAGCAACACCGGUGAAAAUGGAUCAGGGGAGACAAAUAGUGUCUCCAAAGGAGACAGAUAUACGAAUAGUGGGGCCAUUCCCUCUGGGACUGGGGACCAUGGCCAGCCCGUCCAGAACAGACAGAUAAAAUCCCUGCAGUUUUCUGAACCCAGUAAAGACCCCCUCACCAGUCAGAUUGACAAUUUGUCUCCAACUACGAGAGGGAAAGUUCAGGUCAUUAUAGAGAGCCUCAGUAACCAUUCAGCUGUUGUUGUGGAGGAUGAGAAAGGGCGCCCAUCUCUACAAUAUAACCAAAAACAAAAACUCUACUGGGAUGCGUCAAAUGCAAACAAAAUUGCAGUUCCAAAGUCAGAGCAAGACAUCAAAGCCAAAACUGAAGUGUGUCUAGAAAUGUUGGAAUAUUUAAAGCUAGAAAAAGCCCCAUCAGGAGUUGUUCUCAACAAAUUAGAGAUUCACACAGAAAGAGGACAGUACAGAGAAAAUAUAGAAUUUGAGAAGACAAAGGAAGUGCUUGGCAGAGGCAAUUCUGCUGGAGAUAUUGUUGUCAUUAAAGACAAAGUCACAGGGAAUGAGCAUGCUCAGAAAACAAUAAUGAUCUCAGUUUUCCGUCCAGAGGAAAUCAGAGCGUGGGUGGAUCUGAGCAUGGAGGGAGUAAGUCCGGAGCUGUACAUGUUCCGACUGGACGGAAAUAAAGUGGUUGUGCACAUGGAAAAAUUAGACAAUGCGGUCACUCUUAAUGAUGUGAUAAACAAGCACAUAGACACUCUCAGACAGACCAAUGCUGCUCUACUGAAACCAUUCUCUCUGAGUGUAUUCCAUAACCUACUUGAAGUGGUACAUACAAUGCAUGAGAAAGGAUGGACACAUAGAGAUCUUCACUCUGGAAAUGUUAUGAUCCAGAAAGAGUCUGACUGUGAAGUGAAAGUGAAAGUCUUGGACUUUGGAAAUGCUGGUAGGAUAGACAGUAAGGGCGGACUCAGUGGAAUUAAAUCAGAUGUCGUCAAUGCUCUGAGAACAUUCAGUGCUUUAUAUCUUGGAGAAGAGUUUCAAAGCCAGCUGGAUCUAGAACAGAACUGGAAACAGAGAGUGUUAGAAAGAAUGCAAGGUUUAGAUGAUAAAGAAAAAGGGGAAAUGUUUUGUCUAUUUGAAAGUGCCUUAAGAGUGCUGUCAGCAGAUGAUAUCAUGAAUUUGAAGCAGACAGUGGAAGACAUUGCUGAACUAGACUCAGUCACAGAAGUGAUGAAGGAAGUAGUGCCAAUUCUUUUCCCUGAAGAAUUCGCCCAGAAUGAAGAAUCGGGCAGUGAUGAAGAUGCUGUUGAUUUUUCCCCUCCGAUUAAAAGUAUCAUACAGAGGCUUAGAAGAUCCAUUAUGAUUGGAUGCUGAAAAAACUAUUUAAACAGAAUACAGUGAUAUGAUUGGAUAAUGAAAAAGAGGCAGACUUUUUAACCUAUCAGAUUUUAUAAAAACAGUUUCAUUGGCUACUUACCUUUUGUUUAGUAUCGCUCUUUGCAUGAUUAUUUUUAAAAGUUUGCUUGAUUUGGUCUGAAAACUGGCAGCAGAUGAAUUUGAAGUGAUCCACUUUUUAAUCAAAAUUUAUUAUUGAGUCUCAUUCAUCAAUCCCCUCAGUAUUGUCUGUUUUUGGAAUGUCUCUUUAUCUUUAUAUAUAUAAGUUGUAUUCAUCAAUAAGUCAUUGUUAACUAGUCUUAAUUUGUUUAAAUGGAAAUAUGUGUAUUCAAAACUGCAAUCAUCAAAGUUGUUUUUUAAA